CUCCGUGGAUCAGACGGGUUAUACGUGUGAUGUCAAACCACGGAUAGUUCUAGUGUUAUGGGUUAGGUUUAGGACGAGGUACGAUUCUUUGGAAUAGAUUAGUCGUUUUCGGACAGUUUUUUUCACUUUUGAUUGGAAGUUGUACAGGAAGGAUAAUUUGGAUGAUAAAAUUGGAUUUUGAUGUUAGAUAAGUUUGCGGAUAUCCCGUCAAGAGAAAGCAGGCCGUGAUAGAGAGACUCGGGGUAUAAGACACAGCAUCGGCCAACAAACAGAUUGUAUCCAGAUGAGGAUUAACCACACAACACGUUUCCUUAGAUGACAAACACGGUGACACUUAACAUGAAGCUCUGCCGACCACAUCUGCCUGUGACUUCUGAGAUCAUAUUCGAAUAGUAUAAGUAUGAGCUCAUGUAAGUUCACGACGGCUAUUCUUGAGAGAGCUGUUGCUCGCGGACUUGUAGCCGAAUCACCCAUGCUUCCAAAAUGAAGAAAAGUUUCACGUUUUUAUGCCUGAAUGCCUGCCUUUUUCUUCUCUGCCUCCCAAUGAUCGCAGACUCAGGAUGGCCUGACGAGGAUUACGAUGAACCCACACAGAAGCCUAUGAAAAUCUUAAUGGGUCUCGAAAAAAAUCAGUUUGAAAACCGGGAUUACAUUAGGAAACUAAACAAAGGCCUCAAAUCCUACUACAAUAGAUACUAUGAAUUUAAACAGGUGAAUCCGCCCAUCGCUUUCCGUAAGUACAGCCCCGACGAGAUACAGGGUGGCCUUUGUAGAGCUCUGAACGAAAAGGUGGCCGCGAUGCUUUAUAUCAGCAGGGAUGACUUCAAGGGAGAAAAGAUUGCAGCUGGAAAAUAUUUUGCGCAGGUGGCGACUUCUCUUGGAAUACCGGUUCUCAUGUGGACACCCGACAACCCAGGAUUGGGAGCACCGGAUGAUGAGGAUUCCUUGGUAGUCGAGAUCUCUCCGUCCAUGAGUCAUCAAGCGCUGGCUAUGCUGAGUAUUUUCCAACGAUACAAAUGGAAGGCCUUCUCUAUCAUUGUAACCAACCGCGUCGGCCACGACCAAUUCAUCAACACCAUGCGGACAAGGGUAGAGGACUCCACAGACAUAAACGAAAUCCUAGAAGUGGUCACGCUGAUGAAUACAGACCCCUCGAACAUAAAAAAAAACCUCAUGAAGAUAAAAGCUAGUGAUACAAGAAUCAUAUCUAUGUUUGCGUCGCAUGAUGAAGCCGACAAAAUCUUCGUGGUGGCGACUGAAUUAGGCCUGACAACCAAGGAAUACAUGUGGAUUGUAACUAAAUCCGUGGUGGCUGUGACUGCAGACAAGGAGACUGACGAGGAUUGCAGUGCGGGUGACACGACUGAUAUCAAGGAAUACCAAGGCCAACAGACGCACUACCCUCUAGGCAUUUUAGGCAUCAGUUUUGGCACGAGUUUAUGCGUUGGGAUGAAGAUGGCUGAAUUGGCUGGCGAAGUCUUCACGAGGGGUGUCGCUCUCUACACUAAGGACUUCGACUUCGAUCCGAGUGCUGAGUUCGGUCCAAAUAUCACAUGUAACAUGACAGCUAUAAAACCUUGGCAAAAUGGACGAGUGCUCUAUGAAAAUAUGAUGAAUGCGACCACCCCGGGAACACAAACACCAUUCUUUAAAGAUGGCAUGUUACGCAACGUCAAGUUAGAUAUUGUCAACCUUAAGUCGGGACACAAUUGGGGGCUAGUUGGUCACUGGUCGGAGGAUGAUGGUCUCGAUAUGCAAGAUGUGACGUGGCCAGGUCAGUUGACCAAGCCCCCUGACUGGAUGCCCGCCAAAUAUCAUCUGAAGGUGUUGACGCUAGAAGAAACACCGUACGUUGUUUAUGAUAAUCCUGACAACGUGACGGGGAAGUGUGCCCUAAGAGCUAAACUGUGUAGAGUAGCACCACAAAAUGCCACAAUAGGUGUUGCCAACGCCACAUCCAAUUCUUCCUUAUACAAAUGUUGCUCCGGUUUCUGUAUCGAUCUACUGAGACACCUAAGUGAGGAGAUGGGCUUCGAGUAUCAGCUGUCGGAGGUCGAGGACGAGAUAUGGGGUGCCCCUGACAAGGACGGUAAUUGGAAUGGUCUUCCCAGAGCCUUGAUGGAUGGGAAGGGUGACAUGGUGAUGACGUCACUCAAAAUCAACCCGGAGAGGAGCGAAGUGGUCGAUUUUAGCGUCCCCUUUCUUGAAACUGGUAUAACUAUUAUAGUAGCAAUAAGAGAUGGUGCUAUAUCACCGACAGCUUUCCUAGAGCCUUACGAUUACCCGUCAUGGUGUUUAAUUCUUGUGUUUAGUGUGCAUGCUACCGGAGCGGCCAUCUUCAUCUUUGACUGGCUGAGUCCAGAUGCCAUGGACCAGGGCAGAACCCCUAUUAGAGACCAUCGGUUCUCCUUAUUCCGAGCCUUCUGGUUGAUUUGGGCGAUGCUGUUUGCCGCGUCGGUGAAUACGGAUAACCCUCGUGGAGUGUCCGGCCGGUUCAUGGCCAGCGUCUGGGCCUUGUUUGCAGUAGUCUUUCUCGCCAGCUACACGGCUAACCUAGCAGCAUUCAUGAUAGCCAAAGAGGUAUAUUAUGACCUUAGUGGUAUUCAGGACAUUAGGCUCAAAAAUCCAUAUUCUUUCAAACCUCCAUUCAAAUUUGCCACAGUUCCAAAUGGUAGCACAGAAAUCAACCUCAAGAAAAAUUACCCUGAUAUGUACAGUUAUAUGAAGCAGUAUAAUAAGUCAAAAGUAGAUGAAGGGAUCCUGGCGACAAAAAGAGGUACGAUAGAUGCCUUUAUAUACGAUGCCAGCGUGCUCCAAUACAAGGCUUCCCACGACGAGAAAUGCAAACUUCGAACUGUUGGCAAAUGGUAUGCAAUGACGGGUUACGGUGUAGCAUUCCCAAAGGGCUCAAAAUGGAUAAACAAAGUCAAUUCUAUACUUACGAAAUUACAACACGACGGGACGUUAGAACGAUUGCGGAAGUUCUGGUUGCGAGGAGCGUGCAAGGGAAAUGAUGAAAAGGGUGACAAAUCUCAUCCGCUGGAAAUAAAAAACUUUACCAGUGCAUUCAUAUUGUUGGCUGGAGGAAUGUUACUCGGUGUCUUGUUAUUGUUACUCGAACACUUAUAUUUCAAAUUUGUCCGACCACGAUUAAGAAAGUGGGACAAAGGCGGGUACUGCGGAUUAAUUAGUUUGAGUAUGGGGAAAUCUCUGACGUUCCAGGAGUCAGUCCUGGAGACGACGGAGUUGAUACGACACCACAGGUGUAAAAACCCUAUUUGUGAAACACAGCUUUGGAAGGCAAAGCACGAGUUAGAUUUAGCACUUAUGAAGAUUGACAAGUUGAAGGACGCAUUAGUAAUGGGGAAGCCUGGUAAAGGCCUACGCCGGAUCGAUCAUGGAGUAGAACCGCCAGCGAUAACGUGGUCAGAACAAGACUCCAAAAGUAAAGAUAAGAGGGGCAAACCUCCAGAACCAGGUUUCAAUGUUGGCGGAGAGACUAGCAUACCUCCGUACCCUUUAACCGACCCUCUACCCUUGCCCGAGCCACCGGAUAGCUGGCUACGGGCCCGGCUUCCAGACACUGAUGGGGGGAGAAGGUCGGCCGACGUUAUAGUAUCAGAACCGUCUGUAGAUAUUGAUAUUGUUCCAGAUUCUGUUUAUAAUAAAAAACAAAAAAUGCAUACUUCGCCUAAGAAGCCGCCAUCGUCUAUGCCAGCGUGGAAGGGUGAACAGUCCGAUGACCUUUUGAUUCAGAGGAGCAAUAGCUUGAAAAAUACGGCCGCAUCAUCCAGGGACUCGAGUGAGGAUCCUCUCGGGUCAAAAAAGCUCACCAAAAGACACAAAGGCAAUUUAUAUAUGGGUAUAAAAGACGAUAGUUUUUCUCUGGAAAAGGAGACAGUAUUAUGAAACUAGAUGGUCAUAGUAAAAGGUCAGAAAACCCUUUUUGAAACAUCCUGUGACAUCUUCUCAAAUAUUCACAUUGUUUACCUACCAGGGAUGUUCUUGAAAUUAAACAGAGAACGUGGAGUAUAAUAUACUGCAGUGGCUAAAGUGCAGGAAUUCCGUCAUCAAUCCUUAUAUCACGUCACCUAUAUUCUGAGACCUGAAAACACGUGCUCUCCUCAAUUAACAUGAUAUACCAUAAAAUACAUACCAUUGUAAUACGUUAUAUAUAUGCAAAUGUCACUUCAUUGGAAUGUGUUUCAAAGCACGUGGAUUCCUCUUAUAAUUCCACUUUAUUAACUGGUGUUUAAAGAAAAUAGUGCUCGCUCAGGUAGUUUUAACCACAAAAUCAUAAUAUUACUGGUAGGACGCUCUGUAGUUGGAUAGAUGAGGUUCAGCUGCACUUAUUAAGAAUUCAAAUGAAAUGUAAUGAAUAACUCUUGAUUCAGACCAGCUGACCAUUGAUGCUCAGCUCCUCGUGCGCUGAGGAAUGAACGAAGAAAUUCUAGUAGCUCUUAGUAGGCAUUUCGCAUGAGGUUCAGCUAGGCAGUAUGAAUUUUACUGAUAGUUCUACUAAACAGCAAGGCCUUUCGUGGAGGUUGUUGAGCUGCUCAGUAAAACAGCUCCAGUGAAAAGAAUUUCAUUAUAUGUACAUUUUCGAUAAAUCCGACAUAUAAAAAUGUACAAAAAUUGAAUGGGAGUGCAUGUGGAUGAGGUUGAUAUGCAUUUUGUGAUUCGGGAACUUUCAUAAUAAGCGGUCUCCUUUAUUUUUGGUACAUGGAAAUGUUUAAUUGACUCUGUUCUGUCUGAGGAUUUAUGUGCAUGGCUAGAUCGCGGAAGCCACUUUUGUUUCAGAAUGCAACGACGCCAGUCCAGAAAGGAUACUUACUGCUAUUAGGUUCGCUUCUACUAAAGAGGAGUCUUCAACGAACCUCUGCCUACUCAUAUUUUGUGAUCCAAGCAACAUCCGGAGGGUUUCUUCUCCCAGUUCGGUGAUCGUCGUAGCUGAGCUAGAUUCAUCAUUGUUUUAGAUCCUGAGUAAUUCGCGCAGUGGACAACUCAAGUGAAACAACAGACUUAAUGAAAGUGAUAAAAUUUGGAUGCUCUCUCAGUGGUUCCCAAUAUUGCCCAUGGGGAUCACUGGAGGCUAGCCAAAUUUGGCCAGAUUGCACAGCUGAUUAGAAACAAAAGAAAAGGAUCAUCAUAGUCUUCAGUGUGGCUUAUUAUUCCCGAGUGGCCGCGUGUGAUGCGCUGGUCAUGCUCUCAUCUUGCUUGUUGUGAGCCGUUCAAAGCAUCUCAAGACCGAAAAUACGGAUAUGAUACUUUGGUCACGUGUUACAGCCAAGGAAUAUUGUGAUCAUGCCUCGUUCAUUUUCUUUCAUCACAUUAUGCAGUAAACUAGCGUAAAUAUCAAUUGAAACUAAUACGAUCUUUCAGCUUUAUGGGGAUAACACUUUGAUACGUGUUGGACAAACAUCGAAUGCUGUCUGAAGUUGUCUGAAUAGAAACCGAUUAUCUUUAGUUAGAAAUGCAGUAUCAUUGAUAUCGAAAAGAUUCAAUGUUAAAAAUUCUGGAUUACACAUCCUCAUCCUUGACAACGCAUUAUAAGGUUUAUAUAGGAGGUUUGUAUGAGAUAAAACAUCCUUCGUCCGAUUCUUGUUGAACUGGAUGCAUUUUGGACAUUUUAGUGAAACCUUCUGUUGCAUUGCCCCAUCAGAGGGCUUCAGUUCUGCUCCGCCAAUCAUGAUAUUUUUAUUGCUUUCGGCUUUUUCUUAGGAAGGUAGCGUUCCAUUUGAAAUUCAGUGCGAAAUGCAGAAAUCGUGGUGACUUCAGGACCACUUGGUUGUCGCAUUGGUUUUGAGUCGGAUGCGCCGGUCUGAUGGUUGCCAACCUAUUCAUAUUUUGGUGUAAGAUGAGAAAUGUCUCUGGGGGUUACAGAGGAUACAUAUAGUAGCCAAAUGAUUCAAGCAGUAGUUCAGCCGAAGCCUUUUACUUUUCUUCUGUGGCGAAGAUAGUGCCUUUAGUAGAUAACGGCUAUACAGCCCAUGUCGUAGCUUUCAAAAGGUCGAUAGAUUAAAUUACCAGGUUAAAGUGACAUGGAAGUUAAUUAUGGCGAAUGUUUCAUUCGAUAGUGCAUGUGAUUUUAAACCAUUCUUUCAGCAUGCGCACUUAUAAUGUGUGGCAAGCAUAUGACUACGCGUGAAUGCAAUGACUGCUGAAACUGUAUUAUAUGAUACCAUAUGUACAUAACCCCGCCACAUACUCUACUUUAGAUAUACACUGUGGGGAUUCGGACAAUAUCAGCAAGGCACUGUCCACUAUGGUUACCACAGCGCUAGCACACGACAGUAACAAAUUUGAAAACUCGGGCAGAUUCAACAGCGAAAACUUCUGUUUUGUGGUACUCGACGUGGAUUUGCUUUUAGUUAUUUCUAGAUGAUAACUUGGACACAUCCGUUAGUCGGUUGAUAUUGGUGUAGGUGUCCUGAAUAAAUAGAGAAAGCAGUGUUUUUGUAGCCCUAUGUGUAACCAUAGUGGACAGUGCCUUGCCGACACUGUCCGAAUCCCUACAAUGAUAUAGUUACAUUAGACUCAACAUGUCAUGCAUGUUCGUUUGUAUAGUUCAUGUCAUUUGAUUGUAGAGUUUGUCACUUUGUCAUUUUUCUAUAAUGGCGUCCCAUGACCUUCCUCCGCAGUGCGUCUAUUCCAGAGGUUGCUGCUAGUGCUAUCAACAACACACAUCAGCAAAAAACGGUGCCGUGAAACCAUUUUGGAUGAUCAAAGCAUCAAACAUUUUCUGAACAUUUUAGCACAUAACUUAUGACACGCGGGUGUGAAUCGUCUUUAAUAGCCCGAGACUUAACUCGCACAAUGAAAUCUCCUGUAGUUUCUUCGGAACGACCCAAAACGUUACACAGCGACGAACCCCCAAAAUAUUGUCUCCUGAUUGGCCCAUUUCUGUUAGGCACGCCGAUAACGCCAAAUUAGAUAUCUUUGAUUGGAUACUUUGUACAUGUGGUACGACAGGAAUGCUCCCUAAACUUUCCCUUCGGAAAAUCCUGAAUGGGAUGCAAGAGCAUAUACUUAGGAACAGACAUUUGUUUUUCAUAUGUGGAAGAGGGUGAUGGGCGCCGUACAGAUCAGUUCCAUCAUCUUGAAGAAGACUGCUCAAUGUCUGUUUCCAGGCAGACGACUCCAUGUAACCAGACACACUACUAAAAUGACUUGUGAGAAACUAUCCUAUAUUUCCGUACUGCUGUCAGUGCCUCCGAAAUCGAGGAGAAAGACUGAAAAAAGUACGUCUUACAAUGUUUGGAGACAUUGUCUCUACUUUUUUGUUAAUGCUCAGAAUGGAUGAAAAGUUUCGUUCGUCUAGUCGGUAAACUCCAUUUUCAAAAGGAGCCAGCUACACCGCGGAAAACAUGUAGAAGUCCAUUCUACCAUCUGGUUACCUUUCCUAUGGUGUUGGGCGUGGAAUAUUUGGAUUCUCAUCGACAUCGGGCGUACUUUCCUGCUUUCCUGGACAUGCAAUAAAGCCCGAAAUGCAGGUCCCCGAAAGCGGUUAUGCAGCAACAAAUGGGGCGAGAAAAUUAUCAUCAUCUUUACCUUUUGGAAGUAAAAAAUCCCUUUAAUCGAUUAUACAUGUAAUUCAAAAUAAGAGUUGCUAAUGGAUUCGUAGUCUGCGGUGUAUAAGCUGAUUUCACAAGCCGUUUUGGCAUUUUUUUAACGAAUCAUACGAGGAAGAGAAUUCUCAAUUGGAAACAUUUUUCUAUUCAGGUAAAAACUUCGAAGCAUUUUGUGGCGAGCCUUUCAACACUGAUGCCGCCACUUGUGUUCUCAUUCAUUUCAAGAAGCACAACUCAGUUUGCCUUGUAUUGAUAUUGAAGUUGCUCAUAAUAAGUCUGGGAUAUCAUCCGCUCUUUGACCCGGAUUAGCCCGAUAUCUGGAUCAGGGUUGGUGCUUCUAAAAGGUGACGUUUAUACCUUACUGUCUUUAACAUUGUCCUUCGAUUUUUUUUCGCUCACACCACUUAUAGAGUUUCGAACUUUCCAGUCUUUUUUGUCGCCCAUGGAAUACCGGCUGGACGAUUUGCCCGAUCGAGCUGGCAUCCAUGGCGUAUUUUCAAAUGUGGGGCGGAAAUGUUGAAAAGCUCAAUCCUCAUUUGCUUCUGUACAUAAACUGUAGAUACAAGUGAACAAUAUUGAAAGAUUAGGAUGAGUAGAUUGAAAUAGUAAUUAAUAGAUCCUUUCAUUUUUUCACUAUUGGUAACCUUGUGGUCAUUUGAUUGCUGUAAACUAUCAAUUCCGUUACUUAGUAUUAUUGAAUUAGGCUUACUGCUUCAUAUGCUAAUCAUCUUGUAUUGUUUCUCUUUUAAAGUGAGGCUAUAGGCAGGAGCUAGGUGGACGUAUACUACCUCACAGUGCAUAAGAACUAUUCUUGCUUUUACCACAAAGGUUUUGAUCACAAAGUCAAAACACAGUUGAACCAGUUUCUGUACAUGUUGGUGACCUGGAGACCCUAAUCAGAUACUCUAAUUCUGCCUAUGGUCUCCUUUAAGACUAUUUUUGUAUGCUUUUCGUUGGUAUACAUAGCAGCUGCACCUUAAUGCAGUUUCCUUUGGCGCGGGGUUAGGUUCAAAAGAGCGUAAUAAACUUCAUAUUGCAUCGCCUUUUAAAAUCAUUACAUACAUUUCUCAUCAUCCAUCCAUCAUAUUCAGUCAGUCCAUUCGUAUGCACGUUUAUUGUUCAUUUUCGUCGAUCAUCACUCACCGUGCAUCACUCUCACUACCUAGACUCGUUUCAGUCUUACGCUGAAUGGUCUCGUGGUGGUGGCGAGAUAGCGAGCGUAUCGAAGAUGUAGGUAGGACCAGGCUUCUCCUCGGCGUUUCCGAGCUAACUAUUUCAUUCUGGGGGCACAGAACAUGUACCAUCUUCGAGAUUGUUGCGGAAUAUGAUUUAGUAGGUUUCUACAUUACACGAGAUAAAAACGUCAGAUUAUCAGCUCUCGGCGUUGGCUAAUAUAACCAAUACAAUGCAAGUGUUGCCCGGCACUGAUGAUUUGGUUAAACUGACAAGCCGUAUAUACCUCUUAUAAAGUCGAAAAACCACGCCUUCGAAUAGAAAUAUGCCCGACAAACACGUGUUAAGUAUGCAACUUCGAUGUGAGAAGUUUCCUAUUGGGGACUUUGAGAUAGUUGCUUUCCUCAUUGUCUUGUCAUCAUCUUUCGUUCAUGCAUUUUUUCAUCUCAUUGUAACUCAUUUCCAUUUCCAUUUAUCCAUAGUCCAGUCAAAAUAAGAAAAAGCCAAGGUUGCUUUGUGGUUUCUUGUAUUUUGGGCGUGUGAGAAACAAGGGCGUCCUUCAAUGUUCUGCUGUCAGUUUUAUACAUAAUGAAGAACUUUUCUUGCAAUAUGAACACAUUUUCCCUGGCUCAGGUUGACGUUAGCCAGCUCGGUAAGUUGGGAGGCUGCCUGAAUACACUUCAUCAUUCUCGUCAAGUUGGGAAACUGAUUCUAUAUCAGCACUACUAUCCCCACUAUGGUUAUCAUUACCAUGACAACGUUUCAUCAUCAACCCUCAAUAGCCCUUUUUGUCAUUCUCGUUAACGCCAAUAUCAUUUUAUCAUCAUUUUCUUCACAGCGCUAUUACUAUCGUGAGCAUUAUCAUUCAUCAUCGUCACUGUUUCAUAGUUAGGCAUACCAUUACCGUUACCAUUCCCUUUACCAUUAUCAAUACCAUUACCACUUCCAUCCUCAUCAUUUUCAUGGAAAUCACUGCCCGAUCAUCAAACUUGAUCAUUGGUCCUUCUUACACUUUCGAAUGAAGUCCAUUGCCCAAUCAUUCCCCGUAACAUAUUACUGGUAAUUCAAAAAUUACUUUGCAAACGCUCAAGCUGUUCUUCGUACUUUUGUUUACUUUACAGCAAUAUUGCACCACUUCAUUGUAUAAAUCCUCUUCCAGGAUGAAAUGAUGUUGGUACAGCAUCAUAGAAAAUGAGUUCAUUCUAUUCUGGCCCUGGGGUGUUCUUUUACGGUAACACUUCCUUUUAGUAUUUCUUAUUGAGUAAUUAAGACUUAUUCGUAAGAAUUUAUCGAAUGAUUAUUGGAAGGUGAUGAUGCUCGGAUUGGUUAAGGGUAAAGGAUACAGCCUUUGAACAGAAAAAUAUAGUUUAAAUUCGACCGGAGUUUUCCUAAGACCCCGAAACGCCAACAAUAACGCCCGUCCCAGUGUUUCACAUCGGGACCUGGAUGUCAGGUUGUCCAACAAUGAGAUGAGCUUUCGCGUUGGCUCCCUAGUUUCUUUAUCAAUUCUUGCUAGAAUGAACUUUCCUUCUCGUUUUCCCCUUCAUGAAUACGUACUACCCUGCGUGUAAUUCAGAAAUGUGACAAGUAAUGAGAAGCAAAUUAUCAGUAGAUGAACCCACUCAUUACUUUUUGUUAUUAGUUCAACCCAUGCUACCAACUUAAGUCCUUAUUAAUUCCAUUUAUCAUCUUUUGUCUCAAUGUGCUUCCAUUGAUGAUGGUUCUUUCGAUUUAUAUUCAAUUCACCUACUGUUCAUACCAUUGUUUAUAUGAGACGAACGAAUGCUGAAUAAACGUAACUUUUGCAAUAAAAUUGUUGCGGUUGAGAGAAA